AACGCCUGUUGACUUAAAUCCAAAUUUCGGUUGAAAACGGAUUUUGAGAACGGUAACAAACUCCACCGGGGCCGGCAGAAGCCGGGCCGGCCGCGAGGGCGGGCGGCGCUGGGCGCGGAGCGGGUAAGGCGUGCGGGGCCCGCGGCGGGCAGGCGGCGGGCAGGCGCGGCGGCGGAGGCCCCGUGCGGGCGCGGUCAUGGCGGGCCCGGCGCGGGUGCCGGUGGUGGACGUGCAGAGCGACAACCUGGCGGAGCUGUGGCCGUCCAUGGUGCUGGCGCUGCGCUCCGCCACCUUCGUGGCCGUGGACACGGAGCUGAGCGGCCUCGGCGCCAGGAAGUCGCUGCUGAGCCCGUGCAUCGAGGAGCGGUACAAGGCCGUCUGCAGCGCCGCCAGGACGCGCUCUGUCCUGUCCCUCGGUGUCGCUUGUUUCAAGCAGCUCCCGGAGAAGUCCGAGAACACGUACCUGUGCCAGAUCUACAACCUCACGCUGCUCUGCACCGAGGAUUAUGUGGUCGAGCCCCAGUCAGUGCAGUUCCUAGUGCAGCACGGCUUUGACUUCAACAAGCAAUAUUCCCAGGGGAUCCCUUACCACAAGGGCAACGACAAGGGCAACGAGAGCCAGAGCCUGAGUGUUCGGACGCUUUUCCUGGAGCUCAUCCGGGCGAAGAAGCCGCUCAUUCUCCAUAACGGCCUGAUCGACCUGGUGUUCCUGUACCAGUGUUUCUAUGCUCACCUCCCGGACAGCCUGGGCACCUUCACCGCCGACCUCUCCGAGAUGUUCCCAGCGGGAAUAUACGACACCAAGUACGCCUCGGAGUUUGAGACUCGCUUUGUAGCGUCCUACUUGGAGUACGCCUACAAGAAGUGCAAGCGAGAGAACUGCAAGCUGAGGGACUCCAGUGGGCAGCACCUCAUGGUGGAGUUCUGCAACUACCCCGCCAACAUGUCCCGCUACAUCGACUACCGCUACUGCUCUCUGGAAGAAGAAAGCCACAGUGCUGCAGGGGGGAAUAAGGUGCCUGUCUGUGAGAGAUUUUCGGCCUAUGGCUGGUGUCCAAAAGGGGUGAAGUGUCCACAGUCUCAUAACAUUGACCUCAUCAUUGACGAGGACGACAAGCUUUGGGAGAAGCGAAAGAAACGGAAGCACAAAUGGAAGCAUCGGAAGAACAUGAAAGUGCUUGCAACACCAUUCCAACAGGAAAGCUCAGGGGAAAACAUGGAGCAAGCUCAGAAUGGGGAGGAAGGACCACCACGGAAGCAGAGCUGCUAUGAGCCUGCAGCUACUACAGAGCUGGCAGAGAUCACAUCCAACGGGGAGGGCAGGCCACUGGAGGAGAUCUCCAUGGACAUGGAAACAGAGGUCAGCUCAGACACCAGACACUGGGAAGAGAAUCUGGGGAGCACUGAAAGAACUGACCAGGGAACAGCUGCCCAGAGCUCUUCUGCAAAGGGAAACACCUCUGGCAGUGACCAAGUGAAGAAGUCGUCAAAGGUUCCCACUGGGUUGGGCUCGGCUAGUCACCCAGCCACCCCUGAGACUGAAGCAGCAGGUGCUGCAGGAAAGGAGAAGGAAAGCCACGACCAUCCUUCGCAGGGGGGCACACACCGAGCUGGCUUUGAUGCAUUCAUGACUGGCUACAUCAUGGCUUAUGUCUGGAUGCUCAAGCAAGGAAAAAACACAGACGCUGGUGCAGGGCCCUGGUUGCCAGAGUGCCAUAAUAAACUGUACCUCAGUGGGAAAUCAGUGCCAUUGCAAAUAGUGAAGAGCUUGUUUUCUAAAUCUUCCAAAGCUCACAGUGAGAAGAUAAAGUUGGCCUGGGACAGUGCAUAGAGCUACAGAACUCCUCAAUAAACUCUGCUUUUUUUCUCCUCCAAGUUUUGGAGUUCUUUCUUCCAUCAAGAACUCACCUAACCUAAAAGGGAAGAGGUUUCAUAUUUUCUUGUUUCUGUUUUAACAUCUGACUGAUUAAAUUGCUCUCAGUUGGAGUUGCCCGUGUUCCUUAGUGGCAUGCUGGGAUGUGACGGGAGGGAUGAGGCUGAAGGGGGAGAAAUGCACCUUUGGCUAAAGCAUGCACAGAUGAGACCUUUGCCCCUACAGGAGAAAAGGGAAGGAGAAAGUUCCGCCCAAAUGGGCCAGCUGAUUCUAGUGCUGGCUAGCUGCAUGCAGAACCAAGCCGUAGCAGGUCUUCAGACUUGUUCAAAGGCGAGAGGCAGUGAGGUUGAAAGCCAGAUACGUGAUCCUGAGAAACUGCACAGCUUCCUGUGCUACUGAGGCUAUUUAGGGCUAGAACAGAGCAGCCACCAUGGCAAGUACCCUGCAGGCUGCUAUCAAAAGCCAUGCUAUCUGGUAGAUCACAAGAUAUGGCCUACUCUUCAGAGUGCUGUAACACAGAGCAGGAAAAAAGAAA